AUGCACCUUGGUACUCAGGAUAAGGUUUCUGCUCGACAUGCCUCUUGGAUUGCUUAUCUACAGCAGUUUACUUUUGUGAUCAAGCACAAGGCAGGUGCCCUUAACAAAAUUGCGGAUGCGUUGAGUAGGCACCAAACGCUCCUUACAGAAAUGCCAGGUUUUGACAGGUUGUGUGACUUAUAUGCUACUGACCCAUACUUUUCCCAUGUUGUCCAGAAGUUGCAAGAGGGUGUGCAGUCGGAGUUUACAUGGGUUGAUGGUUUUCUUUUUCAUGGCAAUCAGUUGUGUGUUCCAGAGGGCAGUUUGAGGUUGAAGAUCAUUCAAGAGUUGCAUAAUGUGGGCCAUGUGGGUCGUGACCGAACAUUGCAGCUUGUUGUUGCUUCUUACUUUUGGCCAUCAUUGUGCAAAGAUGUUAACAAGUUUGUGGAGCGUUGUCGGUUUGUCACUUGGCUAAGGGCAAAGCGACCAAUGUGGGCUUGUAUAUGCUCCUACCUAUCCCAACCCAGCCUUGGACAGAUGUGA